AUGAAAUAUAGUUGUACAUCUCUCUCUCUCUUUCUCUUUCUCUCUCUCUUUCUCUCUCUCUCUCACUCUCUCACUCUCUCUCUCUCUCUUUCUCUCUCACUCUCUCUUUCUCUCUCACUCUCUCUCUCUCUCUUUCUCUCUUUCGCUGAUAGCGAAAAAAAGAAUGCCAUUGAGCCUGCGACUAAAUCACCCAUCACCCUUGUUAGCACAAACGAAAGAUCAAUAAACAAUCAACUCAUACACACUCCCAAUUUAACCACAUACAAUACAUUUCCUCUCUCUUUUUUCUUCUCUUCUCUCUCUUUUUUUUCUUUCUUCUCUCUUUCUCGAGUGUCCAGAUGCCGUGUAACGUACGACGUUGCACAAACUUUCCACCGCUUCUUGUAUCAACCUGCUUGUCGUAAGCAUAGCGUUUCGUUCUACGAUUUCUCUUCCCUUUCCUCUUCAUUGCCAUCAACCCCCUCUUUCUACCUUUCCUCAUUUCCGUCUAUUUUAUUACAACGCAACUGGUGGUCAGCUCUCAUUGGUCAGUGUAUGUAA